AGAAAAGCCGGGACCAGAAGCAAAGCUUCUGCAAAGCAUGCUCAGCGGGGCUCUUCCAAUGUUUUCUCCAUGUUUGAGCAGUCGCAGAUCCAGGAGUUCAAGGAGGCAUUCAGCUGCAUUGACCAGAAUCGAGAUGGCAUUAUCAGUAAAUCAGACUUGAAAGAGACGUAUGCUCAACUGGGGAAACUGAACGUGAAGGAUGAAGAACUGGAAGAGAUGCUGAAGGAAGGGAAAGGGCCGAUUAACUUCACUGUCUUCUUAACACUCUUUGGGGAGAAACUGAAUGGCACUGAUCCAGAAGAAUCCAUCCUUGCUGCCUUCAAGUUAUUUGACCCCAGUGGAACUGGCUAUGUGAACAAAGAUGAGUUUAAACAACUCCUGAUAACUCAGGCUGACAAGUUCUCUCCUGAGGAGGUAGAGCAAAUGUUUGCAGUAGCUCCCAUAGAUGUGGCGGGAAACAUUGACUACAAAUCUUUGUGUUACAUCAUCACCCAUGGCGAUGAGAAGGAAGACUGA